UAAUAACUGCAGUUGAAGAUAUGGCCUCACUUUUAGAGUUGAAUGCUUUAAACGUGGAUAUAGAAUCUUGGAUCAAUGAUGCAGAAAACAAUUUAAAUAUGUUAAAGGGGAAUGUAGCUCAUGUCGUAGCAAACGCAAAUACGGAGGACGAGAAACUUCUAUGGCAAAGACUGGAGAAUGAUUUAAAGACUGUUGAAUUGAAUAAACUACCAUAUAAUCACCCACUUUGCUCUGGUAUAUUAGAUAUCGAGUCAUCACCUAUCUCUGAUCUGCCAGAAACUCUUCGUGAUGUUUUUGAAAAAAAUACCAAACUAAAAUUUUGUAUGGAUAACAAUGAAAUGUUAUUGCAAACUUGCAAAGAGUAUAUUCAAGAGGUAAGUAUUAGAGUAGAGGAACCACUAUUGGAAGCUCCUGAUCCUCUAUUCGGCCAAUGGAUAGAGAAUUCUGAAAAGUUGAAAAAUAUAACGAAACGAUUAUUGGAAACAUUAUAA